CAACGGUCAUCUCCCGAGUGAUGUUUUUCGCUAUUCCAUGUUCCACGGCCAACGUUGAAACUGACCAUUUAACAAUUCACCUAGUUCAGCAUGCAGUCGCCAACCAAGGAUUCGAUGCUUGUCCCAGUUCAGGAACUGAACUUGCCGUGGAAAGACAUGGAAAUGAACACGAGCGAUUCGAUGCUGCUGCACGUGCUGAAUUCGAAUUGGAAAGACAUGCCGUCUGAUCUUAUAAAGGAAAUCGGAGUGAACGAAGAUUUGGAAGAAUUAGAAGAUAUUCAGAUUUGUGACUCGACGCAAGUUCUGCAAGAAUCUGCAGAAGACAUUCACAACAACAAACAAGUACCUUCACUGUCAAAUUUUCCAGGGAUAUACAAUUUUGAGUUCUUCUUACGAAACAGCGGAAGCUACAAAUCCUCAUGGGAGUACUCCAAUAUAUUCAACCAAGUAUUUAUUGACAUGAACAAAGUGUUGAUGGUGCAGUUUGUAUACGACUGUCCAGUAAACAAGGAUGAAGAGCUUUUCAUACGUGCAAUGCCAGUUUAUUGCAGCACGGAUUACAUCGGUCUCCCUGUGAACAGGUGUACGAUACAUUCAAUUGAAGAUGAUCCGACAAAUGAAGCUCAUGGGAGUGAUGACAUUUGUCGAUGUCCUUACUACAACUUGGUCGGUCAUGUCGUGCGGAGUCAGUCAGCAGGAGCGAUGUACUUUUACAAUCGUCACAAUAGGAGGCAUUCGGUCGCCUUGCAGUUGGUCAACCAGCAGCCUGGACGAAACUCAUUCGAUAUCUUAUACACAUUUGCCUGUAAAACGAGCUGUCAGAAGGGAAUGCAGCGGAGACCAAUCAAUGUUGUAUUUACAUUAGAAAACGCAAGGGGUGAAAUCUUGGGAAGGAGUGUCUUGGGCGUCAAGAUUUGCAGUUGUCCAAAACGGGACAAAGACAGGCUGGAAAAAGACGCUGAAAAAAAUGGAAUAAAAACACAUCAACUCCUUACGUUUGAUCAGAAAGAGGAUGACCCAUUAUCAGAUCGGGAGGGCAUUAAAGCAAGGGUGAAGGCUGAACUGAGACAGAUUCAUAAAUUGCAGUCAUCUUUCGCAAAAGCAAUAAGAAAUCUGGAAGAACUUUUGAAACAUAUCUAGCAAUUUUAAUGUUGAAAUGCAACAAA